AUGGGUUGCGCUGCAAGUACACCUCUGGAAAACGAAGAAGAAGAUUAUUUCAUUCAAGAUAAAAAAAUUAAUGAUACAAUUAAUCAACAACUUGUUCGUAAAAAACAAAAUGAACGUCAGGGGGUUAAAUUAUUAUUAUUGGGUGCAGGAGAAAGUGGUAAAUCAACAGUAUUAAAACAAAUGAAAUUAUUACAUAAAGGUGGAUUCACUCAACAAGAACGUAGACAAUAUUCAAAUGUAAUUUGGGCUGAUGUUAUUCAAAGUAUGAAAACUUUAAUUAUUCAAGCUAGAAAAUUAAAAAUUCCUUUGGAUUGUGAUGCUCCAAAAAGUAAAUUAAUUCCUUAUAAACAAAUUGUUUUAAGAAAUGAUGGGUUGAAUCAUAUUGAUGCUGGCGCAGCUGGUGGGGCAAGUUUUAUAAAUGAUUAUCUUUUGAAAUAUAGUGAAGAUAGGAAAAAUAAAAGAAGAAUGAAAAGUACUGGUAUUGCUGAAGGCUCCUUUUGGAAAUCUUCUAAUGAAGGAGGUCAACCUGAAGAUGAUGAAGAAAUCGAUAAUGAAUUAUUAGAAGAAUAUUAUCAACAACAACAACAUAAAUUUGCUGAAGUUAAUUAUUCUCGAAUGGAAAUUGCUGAUGCUAUACAUAAAUUAUGGACUCAAGAUAAAGGUAUAAAAAGAUGUUAUGAACGAUCAAAUGAAUUCCAUUUCGAAACUAGUGCUGAUUAUUAUUUUAAUAAUGUUUUAAAAUUUGCUGAUCCAAAUUAUUUAUGUACUGAUUUAGAUAUUUUAAAAGGUCGUAUUAAGACAACUGGUAUUGCUGAAACCAAUUUCUCAAUUAAUUCAUUCCAAUUCAAAGUUUUAGAUGCUGGUGGACAAAGAUCAGAACGUAAGAAAUGGAUCCAUUGUUUUGAAGGAAUCACGGCUGUUUUAUUCGUAUUAGCUAUUUCAGAAUAUGAUCAAAUGUUAUUUGAAGAUGAAAGAGUCAAUAGAAUGCAUGAAUCAAUUGUUUUAUUUGAUUCUUUAUGUAAUUCAAAAUGGUUUGAAAAUACUCCAUUUAUUCUUUUUUUAAAUAAAAUCGAUAUAUUUGAAAAGAAACUUAAGAAAUCUCCAUUAGUUAAUUAUUUCCCUGGUUAUCAAGGUAAACCUGAUGAUGUUGAUGAAGCAAUUAAAUUUUUUGAAGUUAAUUUCUUAAAAAUGAAUAGAACUAAGAAACCAAUUUAUGUUCAUCGUACUUGUGCUACUGAUACUCAAUCAAUGAAAUUUAUCUUAUCAGCAGUUACUGAUAUGGUUAUUCAACAGAAUAUGAAGAAGAGUGGACUUAUUUAG